UCAAAAAUUCUGUUUGCCAAAAACAAACCAAGAAACAACAACAGUAUAGAGUAUGGCAGCCACACUUGCUUGUCUCCAAAUCCCAACAGUUACCUCUAAAUCAUCACAUUCACAAACACAGUCACUAAUUCUAUCAGAUUCUACUAAACUACAAAAUAAUCUCCCUAAUAAUAAUGUCAUUAACUUUAACCACUUGAAGUCAGCUUCUCUCCCUCUCUCAGCACUCACAUUACCCUUCUUCUUAAGCCCACAGGAUGCAUUGGCUGCUGGAGGUGAGCUGGGGAUACUUGAAGGAAGAUCAUUGGCCUUAAUUCAUCCAAUAGUGAUGGGUGGUCUAUUUGUAUACACAUUAUAUGCUGGCUAUUUAGGAUGGCAAUGGAGAAGGGUAAGAACAAUACAAGAUGAGAUUAAUGAGUUGAAAAAACAAGAAAAGCCGGUUGCUGUUACUCCAGAAGGAUCACCAGCUGAAACCACCCCACCAUCACCAAUUCAAACCAAGAUUCAACAACUUUCUGAGGAGAGAAAGGAGUUGAUUAAGGGGCAAUAUAAGGACAAACACUUCAAUGCAGGUUCGAUAUUGCUCGGAUUUGGUGUGUUUGAGUCCAUUGGUGGUGGAGUCAACACUUAUAUUAGGACAGGGAAGCUAUUUCCAGGGCCACAUCUAUACGCUGGUGCAGCAAUAACGGUGUUGUGGGCUGCAGCCGCUGCACUAGUACCCCCAAUGCAGAAAGGAAAUGAAACUGCACGAAACCUUCAUAUAGCUUUGAAUGUGCUAAAUGUUCUCCUUUUCGUAUGGCAAAUCCCAACCGGAUGGGAUAUUGUUCUUAAGGUCUUUGAGUUCACCAAAUGGCCCUAAAUUAAAUGUUUUAUGUCCUAAUAAACUGAGCUUACUUCUUACAUAUAUCUACCUAAUUGAUUAUACUUGUACCAUUCUUUAUGUUUAAUCAAUAUAUACCUAGUUAUCAUUUAUGUGGAUGUUUAUAUUCUAAUAAUCCUGGGGACUUUAGAACCCAUUUCUGUA